AUGGAGGAUUUUUCAUUCUUAUUCGUUUAUGCAUUGUUAUUCAUUCAUUUUUAUUCAUUAAUUUUUAUUCAUUCUUCUUAUUCAAUUUUUAUUCUUCUAAUUCGUUUAUUCAUUUUCAUUUAUUCUUGUUUUUCAUUCUUUUUAUUUAUUCUUUUAUUCAUUCUUUUUAUUUAUUCUUUUAUUCAUUCUUUUUAUUUAUUCUUUUAUUCAUUCUUUUUCAUUCCUCUUAUUCGUUUAUUCAUUUUUAUUCAUUCUUUUUAUCCGUUCUCUUCAUUUUGUAUUUCAUUCUUUUUAUUUAUUCUUUUUAUUAAUUUUAUUCAUAAUUUUAUUCAUUUUUAUUCAUUCUUUUUAUCCAUUCUUUUAUUGAUUUUUAUUCAUACUUUUUAUUUAUUCUUUCUAUUCAUGCUUUUUACUCAUUUUCAUUCAUUCUUUUCGUUCCUUUAUUCCUUUUUAUUCAUUCUUUUUAUUCAUUCCUUUACUCAUUUUAGUUUAAAUCUUCUCUCCUGUGUUUCUUUCUGUUUUCGUUCAUUUUUCUUUAUUUUUUAUAUUUCUUCCUUCUUUCUUUGUGUUUCUUUCUUUUAUCUUCCAUUCUUUCUUUUCUUUAAUUCUUUUUAUUUCGUUCUUUCCUCUUUCAUCCCGUCUGUCAUUCAUUUUUUUUAUUUUCUUGAUUUUUCUUUCUACUUUCUUUUUAUUUCUUUACUGAUAACAUUUUCUAUCUCUUUUCAUCUUUCUUUCAUUUUUUUUUCUUUUUCUUUCUUGGGUGGUGCUUUUUUUUGUUUGUUUCUUUCUUUCUUUCUUUACAUAUUUCUUUCUUUGUUUUCAUUUUCUUCUAGAUUUUUUCUUUCUUUUAGUACAUCUAGUAUUUUUCUUUUUUCCUUCAACUACCGGCAAUCUGCUUUUAUUUCUUUCUUUUUAUCUGCUUCUUUUAAUAUAUUUCUUCCUUUCCUUCUUUUGCUUCUUCUAGAUUUUCUUUCUUUCUUUUUCUUUCAUUCUUCCUUUUUUUCCUUUUUCAUUCCGUCUUUCUCCAUAUUUACAUCAGGCGCCUUUCUUUCUAUUCAUUUGCUUCAUCUAAUAUUGUUCUUUCUUUCUUUCUUUCUUAAUUCUUUCUUUCUUCAUUCAAACCACAUUUGUUUUUUUCUUUUCUUGCAUACCUUUUAUUUAAACCAUCUGCCUUUCUUUCUCUUCAUUUCUUCUUCUAAUACUUUUCUUUCUUUCUUUUCUUUCUUUCUUUCUUUUCUUUCUUUCUUUCUUUCUUUCUUUCUUCAUUCACACCACAUUUGCUUUUUCUUUUCUUGCAUACAUUUUAUUUACACCAUCUGCCUUUCUUUCUCUUCAUUUUCUUUCUUUUUUUCUUUCUUUCUUUCUUUCUUUCUUUCUUUGUAA